CCCUGCUUCGGACAAGGAAGCACUGAAAUGCCUCAGUCUGGACAAACACAGAGGAGAGACAAGGAAAGCUGUUAUGUAAAUGCUAUGCUUUUGUUUCUUGUUUUUCUCUACUGGCAAGGUGUGAACACAGAGACCACCUUCUCUCCAGUGACUGACGAUGCUAUAACAUCACGUAGGACUAUAGUACAUAAAGGUCAAAGUCAUGUCACUGUUCAAGAGCUGGAAAUCCUGAAACCCCAAAACAUAGAGCUUUUGUGUAACCUGACUGACAUUCCUAGUCAACACUCAAAUAUAACGGGCUUUUGGAGAAAAGAUGAAGAUGAAAUUGAAAACUCCCAACAAUCUAUUUACAGGCACAAUGAACAUUAUAUCCUUAAAAAGAUCUUUAAUAUCCAGGCCAGUGAUCUAGGAAACUACUCAUGUAUCUUCAGCUAUGUGGGAAAAGAGUUACAAGCUACUUUUGUUUUAAAAGUGCCUGCAAUUAAAGACAAGCGAGACAGGCCCAUAGUGAGCUAUGUUGGAGAUACAGUUGUACUGGAUUGUGGCAUCAAGCGCAUACCCAACACUUGGGAAUGGUACAAAACCAAUGGCAGUGAAAAGGAGCUUAUCAAUGCCACCGCUGACCCCAUGAACUACAAGAUCCUCUUAGCCAAAAAUAUAACCAAACUGACCUUGAUGAACUUGACCCAGGAAGACUCGGGAAAAUACACAUGCAGCGCAAUAUUCGAUAUCAAACCCAGUGAGUCGCAGUUGAUCCUCAAAGUUCUGUCCUUCUCUGAACCGCUUAAGCCUUUUGUGGCUAUAGCUGUUGAAGUCGCCAUCCUCGUUACUCUCAUCCUGCUCUAUGAGAGAUACAGUCAGAAAAAAAAAGGUCCUGCUGGAACAACAGAGAACGGACUGUACGAACAUACACCGAUGCAGGAGGAGAACACCUUGGAGGAUGAAGAGACCACAACCAGACAGAGGAAAGUGGAGAACUAACUAACUUUCUGUCAAACUUGCUGUUUGAAAUGAUCCAAAACAUUCAGUGUACUUACGUUACACAGAACUUUUGGAUCAUAAGGUUAUAAGGAGCAAUAAAAGAACAUCAACCUCUGGAAGAAAUGUGGGUGCUACAUUUAGACCAGUGAACUUAAACUUCAUGCUUUGAUCUCAUGAGCAAUACUUAUUACAGCAAUGUUAAAUUAUAUAUGAAUAAUAAACAGAAGCGGAGAUUA